UCCCCAAUUUGAACUUUAUUUCAUUCUUGGAUUCGCAUUGCAACUCAGUCUCUUCUAGUGUCAGGAUUCCAAACGGAUGUGAUGGCGACGAAAACCCAAAUCACAGUGCAAAUAAGGCCCUCCCAUCUCCAACACGAGGCUUAUGUCCUCAACUACGCACUGCAUUACCAGUUUGAUUGCGUCUUGGUUUGUGAUGAUCAAACUUACCCUCUUCAUCGAGAAGUCCUCUCCUUGGCCACAGGGUUGGUCAAACGAAAAUUCGACAUGGGUUCCGAAGCAAUUGUGGUCCACAAGAGGUAUUGGCCUACGAUAGAACAUCUCAUCGAAUUGAUCUACCGAGGAGAGACAACUUUUGCCGAGGAGGUAUUGCCCCUUUUCCGAAGACUGAAUGACGAGGUGAAUUUGAAAUUGAGUAUAGGCUAUCAUCACUGGGACAUGGACCAAAGACUCAAUAAAGGACCCCCACACAAAGCUCAGUUGAGGAAUCAAGAUCUUCCUGACAACAAAGGCGGCCAAGAUGCCCCAAUCAAUGAUCUUUCCAUUGUAGAUAAUGCCCGUAAGGAGCGAGAUCUCGGGGGCCAAGGUGUGGUUCCACAUUGUGCUGAAACACCCGUUCCCUUGGGUUCCGGGAGUUACGAGAAACUCGCUCAUGAUAAAGGUUUCUCCAGAGAAAUGCGGGAAAUGCAUUACCUUGCCGUGUUUGCAAAAGCUGGUAUCCCAAAUCCUGUGAAAAAGAUCCAGAAUGAAGUAGUGGAAAUCAAUUGAAUGUCGAUUCUUGAUCACAUCUCCUGGAUUCUUACAAUGCUUAUCUUUUUGCGAAAUAUAAAGCUCGGAAUGCAUA